UCCAAAUCCAUGUUUCGAUAGUUGUGUUGCUGUCGUUGCUGUGAUAUUUCUGUCUCACGGACUUUUUCUACUGAUGUAGAACAUCAACAGGAGUAACAUUUGCAUUCAUUUGCUUAGUCUUCUUCUCUUGACUUUAGAAGACUCUUUAGGAAAUUACUAGGAUGUCGGAGAGCGAAGGCAGCAACUACUCAGACAAUGAAAGCGAGCACAGCUUUGCUGGCAGUGAGAGGGGUGAGGAGGAAGAGGAGGAGGCCGCCAGUGAUGCUGGAAGUGACGUAGCAGACGAUGAAGCACAAGAAGUUGCAGAGGUCGAAGAACCAGAACCGGAAGAAGAGCCUGAAGGGGAAAAUUUAGAUGAAGAUGAGGAUGAAUAUGAUGAGGAGGAAGAUGAAGAAGAUGAGGACGCGUCAAGGCGCAAGCGCCGAAAGAAAUCUCGCUAUGGUGGCUUCAUUCUCGAUGAGGCCGAAGUCGACGACGAAGUUGAAGAUGAGGAGGACUGGGAAGAAGGAGCAGAAGACAUGAUAGAUUCUCAUCGCACCACAGAUGAUUCAUCCGCUAAAGAACUUCACUCUCACAGGCGUCUGCAGAUGAUGCUCACGUCACAGAAGGAAGAUGAAAUUGAAGACUACUACCGGAGAAAGUAUGCUGACACUGUCGCUGCCGAAGGUGGCUAUCGAGAGGCAGAUGUCGAGCUUUCUGACGAAAUUGCUCAACAGACCCUUCUUCCUGGAGUGAAGGACCCAAACCUCUGGAUGGUAAAAUGCAGGAUAGGAGAAGAGAAAGCCACUGUUUUACAAAUGAUGCGCAAAUUUAUUGCGUACCAAAACACAGACGAGCCUUUGCAAAUCUGCAGCGUUGUCGCUCCAGAAGGUGUCAAGGGCUACAUCUACAUUGAAGCCUACAAACACACACACGUCAAACAGGUCAUUCAGGGCGUCGGGAACCUUCGAAUCGGUCUCUACCAGCAGACGAUGGUGCCCAUCAAAGAAAUGACAGAUGUCCUGCGGGUGACGCGAGAACAAGCGCAGUUACGGCCCAAGCAGUGGGUGCGACUAAAGCGUGGCAUCUAUCGAGACGACUUGGCUCAAGUGGAUUACGUAGACACGGCUCAGAACCAAGUGAACCUCAAACUCCUUCCACGCAUCGACUAUACCAGGUUGAGAGGUGCGCUGCGCACGAGCAACGAGCCCGAGAAAAGAAAGAAAUUCAAGAGACCCGCGGCGAAGCUGUUUGACGUGGACGCCAUUCGAGCCAUUGGUGGAGAAGUAACAACGGAUGGCGACUUCCUCAUCUUUGAAGGCAACCGGUACAGCCGGAAGGGGUUCCUGUACAAGGCCUUUGCUAUUUCUGCAAUUAUUGCAGACGGUGUGAAACCAACGUUGUCUGAACUGGAAAAGUUUGAAGAGCAACCUGAAGGUCUAGAGCUUGAAUUGGGUGAAAGCCGCAAAGAGGAACAGGGUCAUUCCUUUGCGCCUGGUGACAAUGUUGAGGUCGCUGAAGGAGAGUUGGUGCACCUGCAAGGCAAGAUCAUCAGCAUUGAUGGGAACAAGAUCACCAUGAUUCCGAAACAUGAGGACUUGACAGAUCCUUUGGACUUCCAAUUUCACGAGCUGCGUAAAUACUUCAAAAUGGGUGACCAUGUCAAAGUAAUUUCUGGUCGAUUCGAGGGGGAUACCGGUCUCAUCGUUCGCGUCGAAGAGAACAUGGUUGUGCUCUUCUCUGAUCUCACAAUGCACGAGCUUAAAGUGCUGCCAAGAGAUUUACAACUUUGUGCUGACAUGGCUACAGGUGUAGACUCAUUGGGUCAGUUUCAGUGGGGUGACCUUGUACAGUUGGAUCCCCAGACCGUCGGUGUUAUUGUUCGCCUUGAGAAGGAGCACUUCCAAGUCCUCAACAUGUAUGGCAAGGUGGUACAAGUGAAGCAUCAGUCUGUCACAAAAAAGAGCGACGCUCGUAAGGCAGUUGCACUGGAUUCCGAUCAGAACCAGAUACAAAUCAGAGACAUCGUCAAAGUGAUAGAUGGACCCCAUUCUGGACGACAAGGCGAAGUGAAGCACAUAUUUCGCAGUUUUGCAUUCCUUCAUUCGCGGAUGAUGCUGGAAAAUGGUGGUAUCUUUGUCUGCAAGACAAGACAUCUCCAUUUGGCAGGGAGUACAAGGCAAACAACUGGCCCAUCCAUGGGAGGGUACACCCCCAACUCUCCUCGUGUUUCCAGCCCCAUGCAUCCAUCUGGGGGUGGUGGAGGGGGUGGACACAGAGGAGGAGGAGGAGGAGGUGGUGGUGGCUUUGGAGGUGGUCGUGGUCGAGGAAGGAGAGACAGUGAGCUCAUUGGCCAGACAAUUAAAAUCACUCAGGGACCUUACAAAGGACACAUUGGCAUCGUUAAGGAUGCCACAGAAUCGACUGCCAGGGUAGAGCUGCACACAAAGUGUCAGACCAUCUCCGUGGACAGGACUCGUAUCUCAGUGGUGGGGAGUGCCAGCAAGGGUGGGAACGUGUCGUCCUACAACCGCACACCCAUGUAUGGCAGUGGAAGUCAGACCCCCAUGUACUCCAGUGGCUCACGCACGCCAAUGCACGGGUCACAAACACCACUUUACGAAGGAGGCCGCACUCCUCAUCUGGGUAGCCAGACACCUCUACAUGAAGGAAGCAGAACGCCUCUGCACGGCAGUGCCUGGGAUCCGACCACUGCCAGCACGCCUGCAAGGCCCGAGCUUGACGAUUACCACUUCGAGGAAUCCUCACCAUCACCAUCCUACAACCCUGCAACUCCUGGUUACCAGCCAGAGACACCGCAGGGCCCUUACACACCGCAGACACCUGGCAUGUACAGUUCAGAUCACAGCUAUUCACCUUACCAAGCCAGCCCAUCACCCACUACUUACCAGCCAUCCCCAAGCCCUACGGGAUACCUGGCUACUCCCAGCCCUGCGGGAUUCCAAGGAAGCACUCCCUCUCCAUCUGGCUAUGGUGGAUACAGCCCGAUGACUCCCGGAGCACCGUCGCCAUAUAAUCCACAAACUCCAGGAGCUGGAAUGGAACAAGUCUCAAUGGAAUGGCAAACCACAGACCUGGAAGUGCGCAUUAAGCCAACUCACGAGGACGGUGGACUCAUUGGUCAAACGGGAGUCAUUCGUGGAAUUUCUGGAGGGAUGUGUUCGAUAUUCUUGCCAAAAGAAGACCGAGUGAUGAACAUUCUAAGCGAACAUUUAGAACCUGUGUUGCCUAGUGCUGGCGAUAAGGUGAAAGUGAUAUUGGGAGAGGAACGGGAAGAGAUGGGAGAGCUGCUCAGCAUCGACCACCCUGAGGGUGUGGUAAAAAUGAGUAACGGCAAGAUCACCAUGCACCAGUUGCGCUACCUUUGCAAGAUGCACGAUGGAUAGACCCCGAUCUGUGUAUGGCCCACACCAGACUGCUGAGUUACUCAUUCUGCGUUUAACAUCUUGUGUGUGAUGCAAACAUGCAUUAUUUGGGUGGGGUGCUUUGCGAAUUUUUGGUGCUCUAACUAUUGUGCCAUUUGUGUUUUGUUGACAAAGACAGUGGCAUGAAAUAGUUAAGGGCCUUUGUUUCCAAGGCGACAGGAGGGAACUGUUGUAUGAGGGGGAGUAACAGCCAAUAAUAAAUGUACAAAUGCUGCA